GUGAGAACCGAAAAGCUUCGUCACACCACUUUGAGCUGGGCGCGAAAUGUCGGGGGGGAAGCGCGGCCGCCGUGGCGCCGGAGGCGCUGGCAAGCGCAACAACAAUAACUCCUCCUUCCGAACGCCGGCUGUUCAAAGGUCUUCCGCCGCACUUGGCGGACGUCUUUCACUCGGCAGUGGAGCAGCUGGUCCCCGCAAUCGCAGUACCGCCGUCGCUCCCACGCCAUCUGCUCCUUCCAAUGCUGGUGAGGAGACUUUUAGCCUCGUCAGCGGGAAUCCUUUGCACUUCGCCAUGAUUAUUCGGUUGGCGCCGGACCUUGUGGAGGAGAUCAAGCGCACGGAGGCUCAUGGGGGUACAACGCGGAUCAAAUUCGGCGCAAAUGCAAAUAACUCAGCCGGUAAUGUUAUUAAUGUUGGCGGUAAAGACUUCAGAUUUACAUGGUCACAGGAUAGGGGAGACCUCUGUGACAUAUAUGAAGAGCGCCAAAGUGAGGAAGAUGGAAAUAGCUUGUUAGUGGAAUCAGGUAGUGCUUGGAGAAAGAUGAAUGUACAGCGUGUUUUGGAUGAAUCAACUAAAAACCAUGUUAAAAUGCUAUCUGAGGAAGCCGAACGCAAGUCUAAAUCACGCAAAACCAUUAUUUUAGACCCUCGCAAUCCAUCUACAAAGAGUCAAGUGAAGGCAAGGGCUACUGUAGAAGGCAAUCCAUCUAAAAUGACUCUGCAGCAACCUCCUCAUAAAAAGAGAAAAGUUGAACCACCCCCAGCAAGAGGCCCUCCUAACAAGGUGAGUAGUAUUGGGACACAGGGAAUGCCAGGGGGCAAGAAGAGCACAAGUUCCAAACCUUCUGAUCUGCAGUGCAUGUUGAUAACUUUCCUUAUGGACAACCAGUCAAAUGGAAUGACCCUCAAAGCCUUGGAGAAAGCUGUUGGAGAUGCCUUUCCAAACUCAGCAAGGAAAAUUAAGCCCAUUCUUAAAAAAGUUGCAACCUUUCAGGCUCCAGGUAGAUAUUUCCUUAAACCAGGAGUGAAGAUAGAAAACUUUAUGAAAUCUACAAUUGGAAGUGGAAGUUGUCAUGAAGUGAAUCAUCCCACAUUGCCUACCCAUAAUAAGCAUGAACUUCCAGUUCCGAAAUCUAGCUUUUCAAUGAGAGCUGACACCAAUGCAUUGGAAGGGCAACAACAGUUCAAUUCUAAACGUGAUGAAGCACCAACUUUCUUAGAAAAAGUUGAUUUAGUCCAACUGUCUCCUGAGUAUUUUGAUGAGCAAAAAGGCCCUGACCAUAGUGAACGGCCAGCGGGUAGGUUUAGUGAUAGCAGUACUGAUAGUGAAAGUGACCGCAGCGGUAGUGGAAAUAAAAGCAGAAGUAGAAGCCCUGUGGACGAUGGUGCAAGCAGGAGUACCAGUGACAGUGAAAGUGAUAUCCCUUCUAACAGUGAGGAGGCAUCUGAUGAUGAUUUGGAUAUUAUGAUUCGAGAUGAUGACAGGUUGGUAAAAUAUAAACCUGAUGGCACAAAGAGGCAAAAGGCUGGAAAUAUGAAUCAACAAAAGAUUUCUGGUGGUAUUAAUCAAGUUGUUGCAAAAAAUAGUAAUAAAGUUGGGGUGAAUAGUAAAAAUCAACAUAAUGUAACUGAAUGGAGCCUGGAGGCUUAUGGAGAUAAUCAUGGAAAGGUCUCUACCGGUGAAGCAGAACGACAUGACACAGAACAGGGAGUCUGCCUUCCUGUCACUAAGGAAUGUAAAAUGCAGGAGACAAAUUUAGUCACAGACCUAAAUGAUAGGCAAAAGGAUACUUUGAUGAGGAGCAAUGAUGGUUGCCAGGAGAGAAGACAUUCUUCUCCUGAUGAGAUCAGUUGUUCAUUCUCUAAGUAUGAAAAGGAGGAUCCAGAGUUCAGGGUACCAAUUAAUGGUUUCUCGCAAUAUAAAGAAUAUGUCGAGGAGUAUCAUGAGAAGUAUGAGAUAUAUUGCUUGCUGAAGAAAACUUUGGAGUCCUACAGGUUUGAGUUCUUUGAACUUGGAAAGGACCUAGACAUCUGUAAAGGAAAGGACAUGGAGAGGUACUAUGAAAUUUUGGCACGGUUGAAGGAUUCUUAUUGCCAAUAUGGACCAGGACAUAAACGACUAAAGAAAAUAUUCGUCGUGCUUCACAAAGAACUGAAGCAUUUGAAACAGAUGAUCAAUGAC